UAACCAAACAGACCCUCAAUGUCAUUGACGAAAUCCUUUUCACAAGCCUGGAAUAGGCCAAGAUGCUAACGAAACAGUUUUACAUCUGGGCGUCAAGAAUAACCAGUACGAGGCGAUCAGGUACUUGGUGGAGAUCCUCGACAUCACCGACCUUGUAAACUUGCCGGACAACGACGGAAACACCAUUUUACACAUUGCUUCUGGCUGGAAAACUAAAAGCAGUAAGUUCUCUUCCAUGGUUAAUUGGUCUGUAUUGAGUUUAAGCCCAGACAAAUCGUAACUAAAGACUUUGGUUUCCUUAAUUUGUUUAUUCAAUGGCUCGGGUCGGAUACCAGAUGGUUACGUAUCUAGUCACUAAGACAAGCAUUGACAUAAAUGCUCUUAACCACAAGGGAUUCACGGCUCUUGAUGUCGUUGAGUCCACUGGUAACAGAAACUCUGGUGCUCUGGCGCUUAUACCUACAUUACAAGAUGUGCUGGCGGUAAAAGAUGCUAUCAAUUGCCACCAGGAUCGCCAGAGGUACAGCGUGUCGCCAAUGACAACUCGGGGAUAUCUCACCAGAAUAGCUUCAGCGGAGCAUCUUCAUGGUCGAAGAAGAGUUUGGAUUCUCCUGCGAAUUUGCAUCGCGGGCGGCGUCACCAAUCCAUUAUCCCGAGAAAAGCAACUAGAGCUGCACAAUGAGAGCCUACGCAACGUUCGGAACACCAUAACGGUGGUGGCCGUUUUAAUAGCGGCGGUGGCAUUUUCCGGUGGAGUAAACCUUCCCGACGGUGUCCAUGAUCAAUAUGGGAAGGCAACAAAGGCAAAGGAAAUCCCUUUCAAGGUAUACCUGCUCUGCAACAAUGGAGUUCGGAUCGUCUGUCCCAUCCAAUACUUUUCGACCACGUCAUGUUCGCCCACUCACUUCGAAACUAACGGAAAAUGUAUGCUAACGGACGGUGUGGACUUAAGUAUUUAUCAAAUUUGUUUAAUGCUUCGGACCUCCUCUCUUUUCAUUCCAUCGUUCCCAAAUUCCGCCGCCGAUAGUUCUUUCCAUUGCAUCUGAGCUGCUUUCUCUCUCUCUUCUUCUCUCUCCCCAGGACACGCUACAUCGCGACGCGAAUUGCAACCCUCUCCCACCGCUGCAACCCUCUACGAUGCUAUACUCCGACCACUUCAAAAACCCUCUUCGCCGCCGCUACAACUCUCGUGGUCCUUCAUCAUUCAAACCAUCUAAUUACCAAGCCUGCAGAGAUCUGAACACCAUUAAAUUAAACAUUGGGUUCUGGGAAGUAGCCAACUAGUUUCAUCUAAUAAUUCCAGCUUUCUUGCCUAUUGAAUGGUCUUCUUUAGUACUGAAAAGUUCAAGUACAAAAUUCCUGGGUUCUUCGUCACGAGCUUCCCAAGGAAUGAAGUCGAUCCAUCGGGCAUAUAUAUUCGGAUAAGAUCUAACUGAUCGAUCACAGUGUAGUAUAUGACAAGAGAUAAAAUAUGAAAAGAAAAAAAAAAGGAAAAAAGACAUCAUGUGCAGAAGAUAAAGAGCUUACCUCAGUUUAGAAAUUAGAACUUUCUCUUUCUGUUCAUAUUGAACGAUAGAUAGAGAUCAUGCAACAUGCAUUUUUGCGUAGUACUCAAAAUCAUGAUGAGUUCUAUCAUCAACAAAAUAUAUCAUAUCGUUAUGUUGGUGCAACUUGGUUCAAAUUUCAUCUUGGAAUAAGCUCUUGUUAGUUGGAAGCUUGAAUCACAUGUAGCUACGCACUCUAUAUUAGUGGUGAAAGGUAGGGCUUACCAUUCUUUCAUUUUUCCUGCAACUUCUUCGGAUGUGAGUGCUUUGAAUGGUUGGUAGUUAAAAUUUAUUCUGUAUGUGUAUGGCUCAGACUUAGGAUUAAUGGAAAGUCUUUUUCUAUAUAUUCUCAAGAUCUGAUCAAACACAAAUGGAUAUCAAGUGAAUAAAUUUAUGAGAUUCCUAAAUCUGAUUGCUUACUCUCUCUAAGAAGAAACGCCCGUAAACUCAGAAAUUAUUAAAAAGGCUCUGUUUGGGAAGAGUACAAAUACAAAUUAAUAUCUACAGAGCAAAUACAAGGUUUAAUCUUUGCCAUCUCUACAUUCGAUUACUGAAUCUUCCUUUUCAGUUUUUAGUCGUCGAAUCUAUUCGGAACAAGAACCACGAGAGUUGCACAGGCAAGGGUUAUAGCGGCAAAGAGGGUUCUUGAAGUGGCCAGAGUACAGCACCGGAGAGGGUUGCAGCGGCGGGAGAGGAUUGCGAUUCGCGUCGCGGCGCAGCAUAUCGGUGGGGAGAGAGACUUGCAGCGGCUAGAUGGAAUGAAAAUAACUCUCGGCGGCGGUGAAGGGGUCGUGGGUGGAGAGGGGAGGGAGAAGAAGAGAACUCUCGGCGGUGGGAUUUGGGAUUGAUGGAAUGAAAAGAGAGAAAGUCCUAUGGGUUAAACAAAUUUGAUAAAUA